AUAUUUUUGGGUAAUAUUGGUGAAGAGUAAUCGACGAGAUCAGAACUGGUUGUUUCUAAAUCGAAAUUAGGGAGAAAAAAAAAAGCUAAGAACAAAAACCCUAAACAUGCGAAUCAAUUGUUGCCAUUUUUCUUUAGCUUUCGUUCUCAAGUUUCUGAAUUUUCUUCAAGCAUUUGUUGGUGCUUCAAUUCUUCUCUAUUCCAUAUGGAUGCUCAAUCACUGGGAUCAUUACAUUCCUCAACCACCACCUCUUCCCCAUUUUUACAUCUCUCUCCCUCGUUCCUUUUCCCCUCUUCUCACUUCCAAUAUCAACCUUCCCGCUCCUUGGUUCAUCUAUGGUUUCAUGUGUGUGGGCAUAUUGGUGUGCUGCAUUGCUUUCUUUGGUUGCAUUGCAGCUGAGAUUAUUAAUGGUUGCUGCUUGUGUUUUUACACUCUACUCAUCACGGUACUUGUUUUACUUGAGGCUGCUUUAGUGGUAUUCAUUGCAAUUGACCGUCAAUGGCAAGAGGAUCUUCCAGUUGAUCCAACUGGUCAAAUUGAGAGCCUUCGAUCUUUCAUUGAAGAUAAUCAAGAUAUAUGUAGAUGGGUUGGCAUUGUUGUUCUUAUGGUUCAGGCAUUAUCUCUACUGGUAGCAUUAAUUUUACGAGCCACGGUUUCUACUCAAAGACAAGAUUUUGAUGAUGAGGAGGAAUAUGAUGCUAGGAGUAGAUGUAGGGAGCCCCUACUAAAUCCUCAGUCUGGCCAAACAGCUGGGUCAAGCAAAGGUGAUAUCAGAGGAAACCACUCUGACGUUUGGAGCUCACGGAUGAGAGAGAAGUACGGAUUGAACAAUGGUGAUAAGCACAGUUACGAAGCAUGAGUUCCAGGCAAUGAGUGCAACUAGCCAUCAAGUAAUUCGGCGUGGUGUUAAUAUCUGAGUACAUAUGUAUAUCUUUUGUUUAAAUGUUUUAUUUUGUUUCAUUUACUUCAAAAACAAACCUCUCCUUCCUUUGGUUUGUGGUUUGGGGCUUUGUGCUGAUGAUAUUAAACAUUAAUUCAUAGUCUUCAGUUUUUGUUUUUCCCUCAAGAAAAUCCCAGUUUUGGACAGAUUCUGGAAAAGCUUGACUGGCGUGUUGAAUGUUGCAGUGUGGAUAGCGAAAUUUCUAAAGAAUUCAAAUACUUAGUUACAUGUUUCUGGAUUGUAAAAAUAUGCGCUGUUGUCUGCACUUGUUUUGUUCAUGACAUCUCUACAUAUUUUGAGAUAUGUAACUUGGUAGAAUUAAGGAGUGCAGUUUUAGUUUUUUGGGGCGAGGGUGUAUAACUGUAAUGUAUCUGUGUAUUGUUGUUUUUCUCAAUUGGAUAUGCACACUAAGUUAUUGAUACAUCCGUGACUUGAAUACUAAAUUGGCUGUGUUGUUCAUUGAGUUGCCUUGAAUUAUGUUAAUGGGUUGUUCCAUAUUGUAAUCCACCUGAUAUUUUGUAGCUCAGUUUAAUCAUUUAAUGAAAAAUGUGUGUUGUUGCUUUGGAUCA